ACUGAGACUUCAAAACCGGUCGCGGGCGCGGUCGACGAUACGUCGCCGCUCCGAGCGAAUGAAAAACCGCAUCGGGCGAAAGCGACCGGUUGCCUGGCCGGAGGGAGGCCGGCGCUGACCGGUGGAGGUGCAGGCUGCCUCGAAAACGAGCAGCUGCCGUUACGCACUGGCCGCUACCACCAUGCUCCGCUGCGGCACGCUGUCCUUCGCCGUCUGGACGAUGAUUGCCAUCGCCGCAGCAGAUUCGGCUUUAACAGGCGUGGGAACACAACUUCAAGGUCCUCCUUCAAGACUCGGAGAACAAGGUACGUAUUUACCAUUUUAUCAUGGACUAAGUAUUACUGACAAUAUAGCCAUGUUUACUCACUGUCCUAAUUCUGAAGGCGCUCCUGGAGGCCAAUGUCCGAACUUCGUAGCGUUCACGGCGCCCGAUGGCUGCAGCACCUGUCUCUGCGUUGUGGAUGGUCGCAUGACGUUCUGCUCGCGCAACGCCUGCCCGGAGCCUGGGAACUACACGAUAAACGAAUGCGUGGAAAACGCCCUGUACGCGGGCAGCGACGGCUGCAACAGCUGCCAGUGCAACGCGUUCCGCAGUUUCUCCUGGUGCACGCGCAAGAUCUGUGUGCUGUCGGAAGCCACACGGCCUCCGCCGAAGACCCCGCAACCUCCGACCGCGCCUCUGCACCCGCCCUUCCCCACGCAGCGCCCGCCUCCGUCCUUCGCCAGCUUCGGCGCCCCCAGCCCCCCUCGCACCCCCGAUGACACUCCAUUCCGGCCUUUCCUGCUGUGGAAUCACGCCGUCGCGACGCCCACCGGCAACCCGGCGCCCCUCUUGAGGCUGGUGUCUGGCUGGCUAGGGCGCGCCUUCUCCCCGCACCGCCUCAACUGA